CCGCGGCGUUGCCCCAGCAACCGGACUAUGGGACGCGGAGGGGCCUCCAGGCUGCUCAAUCUAACCCUGGGGCUCUUCCUUCACCUGCCCUGCGGGUUUCCUCCAUCAUGUCGGUGCGGACUCUGCCGCUGCUCUUUUUGAACUUGGGCGGGGAGAUGCUCUACGUCUUGGACCAGCGGCUGAGGGCUCAGAACAUUCCCGGAGACAAGGCCCGCAAAGAUGAAUGGACAGAGGUGGACAGAAAACGAGUUCUAAAUGACAUCAUCUCAACCAUGUUCAACAGAAAGUUUAUGGAGGAGCUGUUCAAACCCCAGGAGCUGUACUCUAAGAAGGCCCUGAGGACUGUGUAUGACCGCCUGGCUCAUGCCUCCAUUAUGCGACUGAACCAGGCCAGCAUGGAUAAGCUCUAUGACCUGAUGACCAUGGCUUUCAAAUAUCAAGUGCUGCUAUGUCCACGCCCCAAGGAUGUGCUGCUGGUCACUUUCAACCACUUAGACUCCAUCAAGGGAUUCAUCCUGGACUCCCCAACCAUCCUGCGGCAAGUGGAUGAGACCUUCCGGCAGCUGAUAGAGAUAUAUGGGAGUCUCUCUGCUGGGGAGUUCCAGCUGAUCCGGCAGACACUGCUCAUCUUCUUCCAAGACCUGCACAUCCGAGUAUCCACAUUUCUAAAGGACAAAGUUCAAAAUUCUAAUGGUCGCUUUGUGUUGCCAGUGUCUGGGCCUGUUCCCUGGGGAACUGAAGUUCCUGGAGUCAUCAGAAUGUUCAAUGAGGAAGGAAAAGAGGUAAAGAAGACAGAAUUCAAGCAUGGUGGAAGCUAUGUUGAUGCGCACAAGGAGGGCUCUUUUGAGCUUUAUGGAGACCGAGUCUUGAAGCUGGGAAUUAACAUGUACAGUGUGAGUCGGCCUGUGGAAACCCAUAUGUCUUCAACAGCCAAGAACUUAGCCUCAAGGUCACAGGAAAACAUUGCUCCAAACCCUCUUGCCAAAGAAGAGCUGAAUUUCUUGGCCAGGCUAAUGGGAGGGAUGGAGAUCAAGAAAACGAGUGGCCCUGAACCAGGAUUCCGGUUGAAUCUGUUUAUGACCGAUGAGGAGGAGGAACAUGCGGCACUGUCCAGGCCGGAGGAGUUAUCCUAUGACGUCAUCAACAUACAGGCUACACAGGACCAGCAACGGAAUGAGGAGUUGGCCCGGAUCAUGGGGGAGUUUGAGAUCACAGACCAGCCAGAGAUCACAGAACAGAGCACAAGCAAGGGGGAUGACUUGCUCGCCAUGAUGGACAAGUUAUAGAAGGACUGAUGGGCACCCCCUAGCUAGCCCACCCACCCUCAAGAGACUGCCUGAUGACCACCCUGGGUACAGAUAGCCCAGGAUCCAGUGUGCUCCUGUUGGUUUCUCCAACUGAGAUCUGCAUCUCUAGUCUAUUUUUAUGUCAGAAAAAAAAAAAAAAAAAAAAAAAAAAAAAAAAAAAAAAAAAAAAAAAAAACCUCUCAGAGAGCAUCCUCUUCUGAUGCCACGCACAUUCAUGUAUUUUCAGCAAAAUAUAUUCUGGCUCUUAACCCAGACCUUC